AUGCCCCGGAUAUUCAGGAAAUGACACCCUCCAUUGGAUCCAUGUCAGCCAUUCCGUAUCUCAACAAGGUCCACCAAUGUGCGCACCGUUUCGUCACCUUGUUAGGUGAUUACCGUCAUCUCGUCUUGAAUGGAGAUGGAGACGGCCAAGAAAUAGGUGAAUCCCCCGAGGAAUCAUUUCAUUAUGAUCGUGUGACUCGCGAGGACUCGAAAGAUUCCUUGAGCUCGUUACUCCCACCAGUGGCCUUCUCAUUCACAGCAUCCCGCAAUCCAGGAGAACGACCUUCUUUUACUGCAUCAGAGGCUUUCUUUACCCGUGUGACACUACCCCGCCGACUAUAUCGGCUGUCCCGCAGGACCUUUGCGUUGCAUCUUUCUAACAAUACGUGUGCUUUCUUCGCGGUUCUCGAAUUCGAUGGUGUGGAUUUAGACCCAGUUCCCUACGGUGGUAUUAAGCAGUCGACAACGACGACUUCGAACAGUUUCAGCAAGCCGUCAUCACCAAUUUCAUCACCACCCCGUAGCAUGAGAAGAUAUGGAUACUUAUUUUUGCUUGCCGCCGUGCUCGACUGGCAUCAAACCCGGGUUCGCUGGGAAAAUGAAAAGUGCUCCAAUGCCCGUUUGCCUGCGGUUUCGCGGAUGUCAGAACGGACAUAA